AUGGCUACCAUAUCAGCUCCGCAAACACCGAAUCUAAACGGGGGGUUGAUGGUCGACCCCACACGGCAAGGCGAAUACCCUAUACUCCUGGGGGACAAGCUGGCUGGGAGGGAGUCUGCCAGAGGGCGCCAGUAUGUGAAUGUGACGUACAACUACAAGACCAAGGGCGGCACGCCGCAGCAGAAGACAACCAUUACCUCGGCCGGGGCCCCAGAUCGAUACAAGCUCACGAUACAGGACAAGGCAGGGAAUGCGGAACAGACAAACCUGACCUAUGUCUAUAGCGGUGGUGUUGACCCGGAAUCUACGAAUUCGAAGGCAGAGAACAGCAACCUGGUACUGAUAUUCGACCCGAAGCGCAAGGCGUUUAUUCUCGAACCGGUUUCGACAAGGCUGAAUUUCAAUCUAAAGUCUGCUCCUGGGAAGACAGACCGACAGGUUGCAGAGCAAUACCCUCAAUUGAGCACCUCUUUUUCGAACAACGAUCAAUCUACGGACGGUAAUAAACAGACAGAGAACGAGAGCGAAGACGAGGAUCUAGGGCCAGCCGAUGAAGAGAAUCCUUACGAUUACAGACACUUCCUCCCGAAGAAGGAGACAGAGGAAAGCAAACAACAUACUGUGGAAUCAAAUUCGACUCCCGGAACACCGGAUCCUCACCAUGUUGUGAGCAAACCUGUAGCACCCCGAUCGGUGCCAUCUGCGGCUCCUGCAGCCAAGCCAAAGCCCAAGCCCAAGCCGAAACCUGCACCCAAGAAUAAGGCGCAGGCCAAUCCGCUACGUCCGCCGAAGCAGCGCAAUCCCAAGGCUGCUGCUACUGGUGGAAAUGCAAAUACAAACACAAAUGUAAAAGAACCGGAGCCGGCUGCACCCGUAGCGAUAUCGCUCCCGCCUAAUAAGCCUGAGCCCGUUGAAACGAUCAUACCAUCGGUGGAAACACCGGACCUGGUUGGUGCUUACUCUGCCUCAGACGACGAGCCCAAAAGACUGGCCGGAUCACCUGGUAGUAAUAUUAUUGUGGACGGGGACCUUAUCAUUGACAUGGGCUCUCCUCCGCCACAGCGUCCGGCAUUCAAGAUUGACCCAACCAAUUUCGCAUCCAACAACACCUCAGCCGGCAGUGAUGAUGAAGAUGACAUGGAAGAACCUCGACCAACUUUCCUCGGAAGACGACUUGUGGAAGAAGACGAGGAGGAAGAGGAAGAAGAUGAAGAUGAGGACGAGGCCAUGGAGGACGCUCAGGCAUCUGAUAAUGCGGAAGAUGACGAGGAACCUGCAGACUUUGAGGACGACCUGGUUGCCGAGAUGGAGGCUGCCCUGGAAGAGAGUGCUAGAGAAGAAGAGGAGGAGAGAGCAAGACUAGCAAUGGAACAACAGCAGCAGCGCUAUGUCAACCGUGUUGAGAGUGAUGAUGAGAGUGAAGUCAGUGAAGAAGAGUGA